AUGGCGCGCGUGGCGCCACCGAGCCUGCAGAAUGAAGGCACUUCAUGGCCGGAGGUCGUGGCUUUGCAGGCACAGGUGCGGAGCAAGGAGGCGGAGCUCUUCGAGAUGAAGCGGCGCCUCAGAGCGCUCACGCAGCAGAAUUCGCCCAGCGGGGUCAGGCCCGUGGAGAAUCAGGGGCAGCCAUUGUCGGUGAUCAUUCCGAUGGGUGGCUCCGGCUCUGAGUUUGCAGAGGCUGGCUUUAGAAUGCCAAAGCCCCUGGUGCCCGCGCCCAUUCUGAAACAGUAUGACGUCCAGAAGAUGUUGGCGCGUAUGCUUCCCCAGGUCAAAGUGAAGAUCGUGGUGCUUCCAUUUGAAACCAGGGGCUGGUUGGAAACGGUCCUCUCCGUGGCGAGGCAGAUGAAUGCCAAGGAGAGCCGAAAUCGCUUGGUGACGCUGGACAGUAGUAGCAUCUAUCAUGGAGUUGACCUUUUGCACCUCUGCCGGUGCAGCGAAGCGCGGCAUGCCUCAGUGUACGUGGAUCUAGGGCAGGCACCUGUGACGGGCACAGGCCUGCAGCGAGCCAACUUUUCCUAUUUGAAGCUUGCAGAUGAUGGCAAGAUACUCGAAGUGAAAGAAAAAUCGGUCAUCUCCUCACUGGCGAACUGUGGCACCUACAUUUUCAGCAGUGCAGUGGACUUUCGAGUGGCUGCGGAGGCCCUGCUGGAAUGCCCUGAAGAGGCAGGCAAAGGUGGUCUCUAUGCCUCCAGUCUUAUGAAUUGGAUGAUGUCUCGGGGUGAGGACUUUUUUGGCAUUCCUGUCAGCUGCCAAGACGUGGCCUUGGUCUCAACACCGCCCCAGCUGGAUGAUUUUGUGCGAAGGGUCUCGAGCGGCCAAGUGCCAGUCACUCGAAAGAUGCGCUUUUGCUUCGACCUGGACAGCACUUUGGUCCACCCCAACGAAGCUGGACAAGUGGAUCCCAUUCCGGCGGCCGUCGAGCUGGUUCGUCAGCUGAGCAGGUCGGGCCACACCAUCAUCAUCACGACCAGCCGUGGCAUGGCGAUGGGAGGCGGCGCGGAUCGGGCCAUUGCAGAGCAAGGCCAUGAUACCUUUCAGUUGCUGAAGCAGCUAGACAUCCCAUAUGAUGAGUUGCACUUCGGCAAGCCAUAUGCUGACAUCACAGUAGAUGCACACGCCAUCAACUCUCAGGGGGACUUGAGCCGUGAGCUGGGCUGGUAUGUCGGGCAAAUGGAUGGCCAAAUGUUGGAAGGUGCCAUCGAUGCACGUUCCUUCAACACGGUGCGUUCCUCGGGGAAGAGCUUGGUGAUCAAGUCUUCCUCACCCGAUGUUCUAAAGGGAGAGUGUCAUUGGUAUCGAAGCAUACCGCCCGAGCUGGCGUGUCACUUUCCUCAAGCUGUAGAUAUUCAGGAAGGUGAUGCUUCCAAAGACAGCUCCCUGUCCACCAUCACCAUGUCCAAGGUGGUUGGUGUGACCUUUUCUCACCUGGUUACCGCCCGCUUGCUGAUGCCCGAGUGGCUUCGGAGACUGGUGCGCACGCUGCGGAAGAUUCACGUCCAACAGCCGCCCGAAGACUCGCAGGCGGCGCGAGAGGCCAGGGUCAGCAAUGCACAGCUUUGCUCCAACUAUGGCCCCAAGGUGAAGAAGAGGGCCUUGGACCACAUCGCGCUUUACGAUUCCCUGGCAGAAGAGUUGGGCAUCAACACACGGCAAAUGGCAGAUGUCUUGAUCCGCUUUCUGGAAGAUUUCGAAUCUUCUGAAAGGGCUGUUCAUGCGCAUUAUAUCCAUGGCGACCCUGUGUUCUCCAACGUCAUUCGGACCAACGAUGAUCAGAUCAUGAUGAUCGAUAUGCGGGGACAGCUGGGGAAGGUCAUCACCACACAAGGGGAUGUACACUAUGACCUGAGCAAGGUCUUCCAGAGUCUCUGUGGUUACGACUUCAUGCUUUUGGAUCAGACCCUGGAUGAGCCAGCUUCCGAGACCUUUGACAGCUUGAGGGCUGCCUUCUGGGAGGAGGUGAAGGAGUUGUAUCCGGAGGUCUCUCAUCGCCAGGUGCGUUUGUUGACGGCCUCGCACUUCUUCACCAUCGUCCCGCUGCAUGAGAUCCGCUCGCGCAUGGCGCGAUAUCUACGCACUGCCCAUUCAAUGCUCCACGUGGAGGGUUUGCUGUCCCCCCCGCCCGGAGUGGACGAGAUCGCGGCCAUCGCCAAGGCCAUCACUGAGACCGAAGGCUUUGACCUGGUGAUUUUCGACACCGCCCCGACGGGCGUGGAGCUAAAUGCUUGGAGGAUGGAAGGUCGUGUUUCAUGGCUCUUGGAAGAGCUUCAGCUGCGGCUCCACGUGCUGCAGAACCGUUUGCAGCACCACAGCCGCGGCACUCGCCGCCCGGGCCCCGGAGGCGGGGGCUGUCCGGCGCUUGGUGCGGCGCUGGAGCGCUUGGGCGAGGCCUAUGAUGCGCUCAGGGAGGCGGAAGCGCAGCCCAGGGUCUGCUCUGAUGAAGAUCGCCUCGAUGAGAUUGGGCUGAGCCCUGAUGUCAGUGGCAGUGGGCAGCCAAUGCGGAGCAAGGACAGUGGCCAUUUGACUGCUGCCGGCUUCGGAGGCCCCUGGUUGCCGCGGCGCUUGGGCGAGGCCACGUGUGCUCCGCAAGAUCCUUGGAAGGCCUUAGAGGAGUUGCUCCUGCGCCUGGAGAUGUGCCGUAGAGACCGGACGCGCUACUUCGACCAGGUCUUGGAGUGUCGCGAGCUCAUCACAACUUCGCAGCGUAGUUCUGGCAGCGCGCCGGCGGAGAAUCGCAGGAACUAUGUCGCCCAGGCUGCAAGCUUCACGGCCCCGCGGCGCUCGGCCACCCCCCGCGGCCGCCUUCCACCGCUUCCGCCUGGGCGUGGGAAGGGGCGAAGAUGGGAUCUUUUUUGGCAGGAGCUCACCAGCAGUGAUCCGGCCAUCCUCUCCUUGGACCGUGGCCGCAGUCCCGGAGCGCCCUUCAGGGAGCGUCGCGACGGCUCGGCGCCGAGCCACGACGGGGAGAGCAGUACGCCCAAGGCUCAAGAUGCGUUGUCUCAACAUCUUGAAGUCCGACGAGAGCUGGAAAGGCAGCUGACCUUCUGGGAAGCCGAGACGCUGAAGCUCUGCGAGCGUCGGCGCCGAGCGGAGGGGAUGCUGCGCUGGGCGUGGCAGGUGGCGCAGGCACGAGAAGAACUCGACCAGGCCACCUUCAGCCUGUUGGCGCUCAUGGAAGAAAAAUUGACCACGCUGGGCAUGUUGGGCUUGGGUUUAGCAAGUGGGGCUGAUGACAAACUUGACGAGGCGGAGAGGAAGGUCAAAUCGAUCCGAGAACGAGUCGCAUUCCUUGGACGAGCUUUGAAGACACCUCCACCUGCGAAGGGUGUCUCCAGUGGGGCCAGCGCAGAGCCGGUGCCCGAGCUGUUCAGGGUUUUCAUCGAGCGGGGUAAUGGACUGAAGAAGUGA